UCCAUUGUUUUUCAUGUUAAUUGCCUUGCGGGUGAAUGAUAUAAACAUUUAUUUUUAAACAAUAAAAUUGACGAAUCGAUUUACUGAAAUGUUCAGUAAAGAAAUUGUGAAAUGUUUUAAAAACGUAUAAAUACAUUGAUGUGAUUUCGUUGUUGUUGAUAAAUAUUUGGCUACGGUACAAGUGAAAUUGUAGAUUUUUAUUCAGAUUUGUUUGCGUUCUGUGUGUGUCAAAAUGUAUUUUUUGUAUAAUUGACCGAAGUUUUGUUAAUUUCAAUUUAACAAUGAUGCCAAAAACACCGUUUGAUUUUGGAUACAAAAUAGCCAUUAAGUCCAAUGAAUGCAAGCUGCUGAUGCGAAAACAUUCGCUUCCAACAUUAUAUCGACUAUGUAUACGUGUCAUUGCGCGUAAUGUUGAACAGAGCAAUCAAGAUAACUGGGACCUAUCACAAUUACCAUCGACAAUUAAAAUUGAUCUACUACAAUUGAAUAUGAAAUUGUCGAUUGGAUUUUCAAAUGAAAACAUAUUUAUUCAAUUAUUGACACCAAAUGUCACGCAAUUAGUGUUUCGAUCAUCGAUCGUUACGGAUUCGAUGUUAGAUUGUAUCGGUGAACGUUGUAAAUAUUUACAAGAAUUGCGUAUUUUUGACAGUAAAGACAAUGGCAAACAGUUGGAAAUGUCAACCGAUGGCCUAAACAAAUGUAUUAAGAGAUUGAAGUGUGUUAAAGCACUGCAAAUUGCCGGAUCGGAUAAAGUAACUGACAAAACGGUCGAGAUGAUUAGCCAAAGUUGCCGAAAUCUCGAAAGUUUAUGGUUAAACGACUGCAAAAAUGUGACCGAUGACAGUAGCGAUUAUUUUAAAUCAAUGCAAUUGAACGAUUUAAAUUUGGCAAAUACCGGGGUCACAGACAAAUGGUUAUCGGAACUCGCUAACAGCACUUUGAUGGAAAGUUUACGGGAUAUUUGUCUGAAGAAUUGUAAAUUGUCACAAGAUGGACUUCGAAAUCUAAACUGGAAUCGAUUAGAAAACGUAAACAUUAUCGGUGUAUCGAUUCGAGAUUUAUCGUUCAUACCAACAACGGCUAGCUACAAAACGUUAAAUUGGUCCGUAUGAAUCGACAUUAAAUUAUAAAAAAAAAACG